AAAAAAAAGAAAAAAGAAAAAAAAAAGAAAAAAAAAAGAAAAAAAAUCCUGUGGCGCGCCGCCUGGUUCCCGGGAAGACUCGCCAGCACCAGGGGGUGGGGGAGUGCGAGCUGAAAGCUGCUGGAGAGUGAGCAGCCCUAGCAGGGAUGGACAUGAUGCUGUUGGUGCAGGGUGCUUGUUGCUCGAACCAGUGGCUGGCGGCGGUGCUCCUCAGCCUGUGCUGCCUGCUACCCUCCUGCCUCCCGGCUGGACAGAGUGUGGACUUCCCCUGGGCGGCCGUGGACAACAUGAUGGUCAGAAAAGGGGACACGGCGGUGCUUAGGUGUUAUUUGGAAGAUGGAGCUUCAAAGGGUGCCUGGCUGAACCGGUCAAGUAUUAUUUUUGCGGGAGGUGAUAAGUGGUCAGUGGAUCCUCGAGUUUCAAUUUCGACAUUGAAUAAAAGAGACUACAGCCUCCAGAUACAGAAUGUAGAUGUGACAGACGAUGGCCCGUACACGUGUUCUGUUCAGACUCAACAUACACCAAGGACAAUGCAGGUGCAUCUAACUGUACAAGUUCCUCCGAAGAUAUAUGACAUCUCAAGCGAUAUGACCAUCAAUGAAGGAACCAAUGUAACCCUUACUUGUUUGGCCACUGGGAAACCAGAGCCUUCCAUUUCUUGGCGGCACAUCUCACCAUCAGCAAAACCAUUUGAAAAUGGACAAUAUUUGGACAUUUAUGGAAUUACAAGGGACCAGGCUGGAGAAUACGAAUGCAGUGCAGAAAAUGAUGUGUCAUUCCCAGACGUGAAAAAAGUAAAAGUUGUCGUAAACUUUGCUCCUACAAUUCAGGAAAUUAAAUCUGGCACCGUGGCCCCGGGACGCAGUGGAUUGAUAAGAUGCGAAGGUGCAGGUGUGCCGCCUCCGGCCUUUGAAUGGUACAAAGGAGAGAAGAAGCUCUUCAAUGGCCAACAAGGAAUUAUUAUUCAAAACUUUAGCACAAGAUCCAUUCUCACUGUUACCAAUGUGACACAGGAGCACUUCGGCAAUUAUACUUGUGUGGCUGCCAACAAGCUAGGCACAACCAAUGCGAGCCUGCCUCUCAACCCUCCAAGUACAGCCCAGUAUGGAAUUACCGGGAGCGCUGACGUUCUUUUCUCCUGCUGGUACCUUGUGUUGACACUGUCCUCUUUCACCAGCAUAUUCUACCUGAAGAAUGCCAUUCUACAAUAAAUUUAAAGACCCAUAAAAGGCUUUUAAGGAUUCUCUGAAAGUGCUGAUGGCUGGAUCCAAUCUGGUACAGUUUGUUAAAAGCAGCGUGGGAUAUAAUCAGCAGUGCUUACAUGGGGAUGAUCGCCUUCUGUAGAAUUGCUCAUUAUGUAAAUACUUUAAUUCUACUCUUUUUUUGAUUAGCUACAUUACCUUGUGAAGCAGUACACAUUGUCCUUUUUUUAAGACGUGAAAGCUCUGAAAUUACUUUUAGAGGAUAUUAAUUGUGAUUUCAUGUUUGUAAUCUACAACUUUUCAAAAGCAUUCAGUCAUGGUCUGCUAGGUUGCAGGCUGUAGUUUACAAAAACGAAUAUUGCAGUGACUAUGUGAUUCUUUAAGGCUGCAAUACAAGCAUUCAUUUCCCUGUUUCAAUAGGAGUCAAUCCACAUUGACAAAGAUGCAUUUUUUUCCUUUUUUGAUAAAAAAGCAAAUAAUAUUGCCUUCAGAUCAUUUCUUCAAAAUAUAACUAACACAUAUCUAGAUUUUUCUGCUCGCAUGAUAUUCAGGUUUCAGGAAUGAGCCUUGUAAUAUAACUGGCUGUGCAGCUCUGCUUCUCUUCCCUGUAAGUUCAGCAUGGGUGUGCCUUCAUAAAAUAAUAAUUUGCUCUUUGUCUCCACCUAAUAAAAAUGUUUUGCCACAUCCUAUAAUUUGAAAGCAAAAAUAAACCAUAAUGAUAAAGCUAAACUAUAUCCUAUCUCUAAAGAAUGAAGGAGCUGUCAGACUGUAAAAAUCUCUUCCCUCCUUGCCAGUGGGGUGUGAGAAUUUUGCCCCACCUAAACUCAGUUUUGCGAUGAAAAACAAUUUCAUUAACGUAGUACAGGUCAAUCUAUUACCGUGUGAAUCCUUUGGUUAUAGUUGAAUGUUGAAUCCACUCUGGGAAAUAAUUCCCUUUAAAAUGACAGCAAAGUCCAUCCAAGGGAUUGCUCAGCAAUACAGCAUCUUUUCCUUUCACUACUCCAAGCCAAAAUCUUUAAGAUGGUUGUCAGAAAGAACACAAAGUCCGAUCACCUAACAUGACGUGAGUUGGUGAACACGCCAAAGUCAUUUGGUUCUGUGGCAGGUAAGUUGGUGUGAUAGAUGCGUGCUCCCGCACCCGGGCAUUUCGCACAUCUUCCACCUGAAAACAUCACUCAGCUGAGAGUUUGGAAUGCAUGUUAUAUAAAAGAAAAUGCUCCAAAAUAUAUAAUAACAAGUAUUCCAUGCUGGCAUGCAGCAGAUCAAUCCCUGAAAUAACUAGUUCUGCAAUAAAAUCUUUCUCUGUAGCAAUGUCAGUUCAAAAACAUAUGGUCAAAACACAAACAAUGACAAAAUGACCAUGCUUUAUGUCUUCUUACAUGAUAUGUGUAAGACAUGAUCAAAUGAAGACAAGACACCCGUUUUUAGAAUAUCUUAAGAUAUAUUAGUUAUUAAGUUAUCAUGAAUAGUUCAUUGUUUCCACCAUAAAGAAUGAAAACUACAUUUUUUAAGGAAAAUGGUGUUAUUUUAAGGAGUAUUAUAUUACAAGAGUAUUUCCAUGGUUUUACUCUUUAUUAAAGAAAGAGCAUAACCUUGAAAGCCAUUUUACAAGUUUGAUGAACUUACCAAUUUCACUACAUAGGGGGAUUUCUGCAAAUAGUCUCCUUUUGCAAGUCAUAUUAACAAUUAAAAAAAACUCACUAAUAGUUAGAUACAAGAUAUUUCAUGGAGGUUGUACAUACUUAACAUACCUAAUAUUUUGCCCCGAAAUAAAUGGCUUGAAAAUCAUGAUUUUUUUUUUGAGUAAAGCUUAGCCCCGAAGUACGCCAUAAAUCUAUUUUAAUUAGAAAAAUGAAUCCUACAUGAGGAGGCAUAAAUAUACAGUGUUUCCACAAAAUGGCAAUAAUAUGGCACUGUGCUAUUAAAUUUACUCACUGUAAUUAUUCAUUACAUUAUUUUGACUGAUGUAUUAAAAACUUUUUUAACACA